GCCUGAGAAUGGUCCUGCCAAGGGCAGGCAGGACCUGAGGUGCCCUGCUCGCAUUGUGUCUGGCUAGGACCCGUCCCUGCUCCUUGCCGUCGCCGUCAUUGGGCUCACGGUGCUUCUGUUGGCCCUGAAGAACAUGAACUCAAGGAGGAAACAGCUUGCGGUCACCUUACAGAACCCUGAGACCAAGUAUCCGCUGCCCCUGAUUGAGAAAGAGCAAAUCACCCACAACACCCGGAGGUUCCGCUUUGCACUGCCCUCAACAGAGCAUGUUUUGGGGCUUCCUAUCGGUAACUAUGUCCAUCUCUUGGCCAACAUUGAUGGUGUCCUGGUGAUCAGGGCAUACACACCUGUGUCCAGUGAUGAUGACCAAGGCUUUGUGGACUUCAUUAUAAAGAUCUACUUCAAAAAUGUGCACCCGAAUUAUCCAGAGGGAGGGAAGAUGUCUCAAUACUUGGACAACAUGAAAAUUGGGGACACCAUUCUUUUUCGAGGGCCAACUGGGCGUCUGUUCUAUCAUGGGCCAGGGAGGUUUUCCGUCAAAGCAUACAAAACGAGUAAGCCUGAAGAAAAACGAGCCAGUCACCUGGGAAUGAUCGCUGGGGGCACAGGGAUCACGCCCAUGCUGCAGCUCAUUCGCCACAUCACCAAGAACCCCCGUGACAAGACCAGGAUAUCCCUCAUCUUUGCCAACCAGACAGAGGACGACAUCCUGAUGAGAAGUGAGCUCGAAGAAGUUGCCACAACUCACUCGGAGCAGUUCAGCCUGUGGUACACCCUGGACAGGCCUCCUUUUGGCUGGACGUACAGCUCGGGCUUCGUCACCGCCGACAUGAUCCAGGAGCACCUCCCUGCUCCCGGCAAGUCCACGUUCAUCCUGGUGUGCGGCCCACCACCCCUGAUCCAGACAGCCGCUCACCCGAACCUGGAGAAACUGGGCUAUACCAAGGACAUGAUCUUCACCUACUAACGCUUCCCUUGCUCUUAGCAAACACCCCUGGUCCCUUCCAUCUGACUCACAGUGAGUUGAGCGUCACCAUGUUCAGAAGUGCCUCAGGGCACCCUCGGGCUCACUGGAGCCCCCCUCUUUGGGGUGGGCCUAUGAAGGGAGUAAGGGGCUGGAGACAAAGUGGCCUCUGGAGCCUCCUUGCCUGGGGAGGCUCGGAGGGACUGCAUCCUGGGACC